UAAACAUUGUUUCUUUUUCUCAAUUUAAAUUCACAAAUGGGAAUAUGAAAUGAAACUAAAGCAUGUAGCUCUUAAAUUAUUUAAAAUCAUAAAUUAUGAUUUAUCACCGACAGAUUUUGUUUUACUUUUUUGUGCUUCAUUCUUCCUUGGACUCUAUUUGCUGUAAUUACAGUUCAUGGCCUUCGUAUGAGAAAAACGGGAAAGUAUGUUUUUACUGUGGACCUGGAUUCCAUUCGGUUGGCGACUGUGUGAAUUCAAACACCCAAAUGCAGUGUGUUCCAUGCCCCAAUGGCGCCUAUCAGGUUACCUCAAACAGAGCAAACUACUGUACUAGUUGCACAAGGUGUGAAGAGGUUGUCAUGAAUCAUUGGGUAUCAGCUAUCCUGUCUCCAUGCACACCAACAGCGAACACUGUUUGUGGAUGUAUUCUUGGGUAUCAUUUUACAAAAGACCAACGAGAACCAGGAAGAGGCUUUUGUCAGACCAAUACUUUUUGUUCUGCUGGUCAUGGGUUAGUAGCAAAUGCAUCAAGUUUUACAGAUACACAGUGUAAACCAUGUAUUAACGGUACCUCCUAUAAUCCUGCUCAAUCUUUGAACUCCUGUCAUCAAUGCAUGACAUCAUGCCCGAAUAAUACUGAAAUGUGGCAUCCUUGUAACACAACACAUAAUAUGGCUUGUAUACCAGACAGAGAAAUGAUGCACGUAGUUGUUGAAAGUGACUCAAGUACUUAUUUAAAAGCUGGCAUGGGAAGUUGUGUGGGAUUCAUAGUUGUUUUAUGCAGCAUAUAUUUUAUCAAGAGGAGAAGACAAGGAACUGAAAAGAAUGACCAAUCAAGUAAUCAUAGCAACGGUAUUUCCAUGAUCAAUAAGGAUUCGAAUCCUAGUAUCGAUAUACCGACGGUCAAUAGAAAUACUAAUAAUGAUGUGCCGUUGGUCAAGAAUCAAGAUGUUAGUUCUAUCCUGGAAAAUAUAAGAAAAAUCUGUCUUAGAUCUGGUGACGACAUUGACUGGGAGACUUUUUUUAAUAUUUUUCCAAGAAAGGUGACAGUUCUUCCAGACUGGGAGCAAUUCAUCCGGACCUUAUUUACUCUCACUGGUUCGGACAGAGGACAAGACACUGUACAUGAAACAAAAGAAUCAUUUGACAAGGAAAAGUAUCAUUCCCGGCUGUUCCAUGCUUUAACAAUAUGGAAACAAUCCUGUUAUCGAGAAAAUGAUACAGUUAUGUAUGGUAUCUUGUGUAAUGCUGUAAACACUCAUACAACUAACGUUUAAUUCAGACCACGUUUAUAUAGUCAUAUCAAUAUUGCAUCAAACUUUAUAUGUCUAUAUAUAUGUGUGUAUUCUUUUAAAUAAUAUGUGACAAAUAAAUGCUCAGAACUUAACUUUGAAAUCAGGAAGUUUAACUUAUAAGAAGCAUCAGACAUUUGUGUUAUGUGCUUAAAUUUAUAUGCAUUGGUUAAUGUGAUCAGGUACACUAAUUUAAUGCUUUAUACUUAAUUUGUUUAUCAUCUUUUAGGAUGUGUUAUAAUGUUCUUUUUAUUUGUAUUUAUAAAUAUAUCUUUUA